AUGAUGCAGGCCGCUGGGCUGGAGCCCCUCUGCAGCAAGGGCUCCCUUCAGGUCACCAUGGGCGCCAGCCUCUCUUGGGACAACAGCACUGGGCACAACGUCACCUUCCCCGAGCCACCGCCGGUCCUCUACGUGCUCCUGCCGGCGGUGUACUCCGUGAUCUGUGCCGUGGAGCUGGCGGGGAACACGGCCAUCAUCUACGUGAUCCUCAAGGUGCCCAAGAUGAAGACGGUGACCAACGUGUUCAUCCUGAACCUGGCUGUGGCCAACGACCUCUUCACGCUGGUGCUACCCGUCAGCGUCACCGAGCACCUGCUGCAGCGCUGGCCCUUCGGGGAUCUGCUCUGCAAGCUGGUGCUGGCCCUCAACCACCACAACAUCUUCUCCAGCAUCUACUUCCUGGCGGCCAUGAGCGUGGACCGUUACCUGGUGGUACUGGCCACUGCGAGGUCCCGCCGUGUGCCCCAGCACACCCUCUGGGGGGCAAAGGUCACCAGCCUGUGCAUCUGGCUCAGCGUCACUAUCAUGGUGCUGCCCUACUUCGCCUUCGCCGGUGUCUACAGCAACGAGCUGCAGGUCACCAGCUGCAGGCUGAGCUUCCCUCAGCCUGAGUGGGCCUGGUUCAGGGCCAGCCACAUCUACACGCUGGUCCUGGGCUUCACGGUGCCCGAGUGCACCCUCUGCGUGCUCUACGUGGACCUGCUGCGUAGGCUGCGGGCCCUGCGGCUCCACUCCGGAGCCAAGGCUUUGGACAAGGCCAAGCAGAAGGUGACUGUCCUGGUCCUGGCUGUGCUGGCUGUGGGCCUGCUCUGCUGGAUGCCCUUCCACCUGGCCUCCAUCGUGGCCCUGAUCACAGACCUGCCCCAGACCUUGCUGGUCAUUAGCAUCUCCUACGUCAUCACCAGCUUCAGCUACGCCAGCUCCUGCCAACCUCUCCUCUACACCUUCCUGGAUGACGGCUUCCGCCAGAGCUUCCGCACCACAUUCCGGUGCCCAGGGACCUGGCACGUCUGCAGGAAAAGCGCUGUCCCUUUCAAGGAACAUCCCACUUGUUCACUUCCCAUCACUGUUUUCUCUACGCAAAGAGAUAAAGACCCGUAA